AUCCAGCUGUGGGAUACAGCAGGCCAGGAGCGCUUCAGAAAGAGCAUGGUGCAGCACUAUUACAGGAAUGUACAUGCUGUUGUGUUUGUGUAUGAUAUGACAAACAUUGCCAGUUUUCACAGUCUGCCGUCGUGGAUAGAAGAAUGCAAACAACACCUUCUUGCCAACGAUAUACCACGGAUUCUUGUUGGAAACAAAUGUGACCUGAGAAGUGCUAUUCAGGUACCUACGGACUUGGCCCAGAAGUUUGCUGAUACUCACAGUAUGCCGUUAUUUGAAACCUCUGCCAAAAACCCCAAUGACAAUGACCAUGUGGAGGCCAUAUUUAUGACACUGGCUCACAAGCUUAAAAGCCACAAGCCGUUAAUGCUUAGUCAACCCCCAGAUCGCGAUGAAAUACAUAUAAAGCCUGAACCUAAACCUGCCAUGACAUGCUGGUGUUAA